UCUUCUGCAGACUAGAGGAGGAUGCGUUCGAGAUCUGCAUGUUUAUGCGCAAGCCGUGCUAUUGUCUCUCCUGACUUUCUAGUUUUGUAGAUGUCACUUGAAUUAAAAUUGGAAUAUCCCUGCGCUUGUUGUACAGAGAGGUGAAGAAAAAAAAAAAAAGAGAGAGGAUUUGAAUCACACACCUGGUUUAUGUCAUGAAGGCACUAGGACCUUGAAGAACUGUCCUGCCUUCUGAGUCAGCCCUAGAUCUGGAGCUCCUAACUCCUGAACCAGUGAAUGAGAGGACAGACAUGUGAAUGGCUCAGCUGGGUUUCAAAGCACUUUGUAGACUGGACUGUGAGAGGCUACGAAAACCAUUGGAUCAUCCAGGAUUUCAGCACCUUGUAACUCUCACUUCUACACAAGCACAGGGUAGAUCCGCUACGAUGUGAGAGGGAACUGAGCCAAGAGGUACUGUAGUCUGACAGUCUCAAGACGAACCAAGGUCCAGGGGAGUACAACAGUGAAGCUUUUCACAGUCUUGGCAUUUCAUAUUUCUUCUGGCUUUUUCCUGGGAUACCUCUUGGUUAUUUAGAUACAUCUCAUGGCCUGACACUUGAUUGCUGAAGGAACUGAAGACUUCUUCAUGCAUCUGACUCUAAUCCAGCAGAGAAUUCACAGGUGGUGCCACAGCAAAACUCCACUACAUCACUAAGACUGUCCCUUGUACAGAUGGUAUGCUGGGCCUCAACUCAGCACAGCGUUUGGACGCAAUAAAGGCCUCUGGGACAGAGCAGCUUUCCAUUCUGUACACCCAAAGGUGGAGAGAGUAAUGUCCAUGUUGUACUACACUCUGAUUAUAGCAUUUUUGAUCGGCAUACAGGCUGCACCAAAGACCAAAGACCAUGCCCCAGGGGGAGCAUCAACAAGACAUCGUAUUCAACACCAUCACACACAUCGAACUAAGUCACUUCACCGGCAUCAUGGGAAAUUAGAGACUCAUGAACCUUCUAUGUUUCACAACAUCACAGUUGAUCCUAAGCUUUUCAGGAAAAGGAAGUUUCGUUCUCCAAGAGUUUUGUUUAGCACCCAACCUCCACCAUUAUCAGAGGACCUCCGGAACUUGGAAUAUUUAGAUGAUGAGGAGUCCCUCAAUAAGACUAUCCGGGCUAAAAGAACAGUGCAUCCGGUCCUUCACCGGGGGGAAUACUCUGUGUGUGACAGUGUCAGUAUGUGGGUCGGGAAUAAAACCACAGCCAUUGACAUUAAGGGCAAGGAAGUAAGUGUGCUGGGGGAAGUCAAUAUAAACAAUAACGUUUUCAAACAGUACUUUUUUGAGACCAAGUGUAGUGAUCCAAAGCCAGUGUCAGGUGGAUGUCGUGGGAUUGACUCAAAACAUUGGAACUCCUAUUGUACCACCACACACACCUUUGUCAAAGCAUUGACCAUGGAUGCGAAGCAAGCAGCAUGGAGGUUCAUACGGAUUGAUACAGCCUGUGUUUGUGUGCUCAGCAGGAAAACUCGAGCCUUCUGAACUAUUUCCUGCUGUCCCAGCUUCUCCCCACCCCUACCUCAGCCUGUAAAUUAUUUUAAAUUAUAUGGACUGCAUGAUAUAUUUAAAAUUUUUACAAGAGACUAUUUAUUAAAAAGUUUUCAAAGCAA